UCGGGGCUCCGGUCCCCGGGUCAUGUGACACCCCGGGCUCUGUCAGCGCCCCCUAUAGAUAGUCUCAGGCCCUGACGCUUCUUCUUUGGGGUUUUGUUCUGUUCUCCAGGUUUCCCCAGUUUAUUUUUCUUCAGCUGCAGCAGAACUACGACUCCCACCGCCAUAGGCUGUCAGGGCAUGAUGGGAGUUGUAGUUGUGCAGCGCUGGGAGGAUGUUGCCAUAGAACAGUGUUUCCUAACCAGAUUACCUAAAGCUUUUGCAAAACUACAACUCCCAGCAUGCCCAGGAAGCCUUUAUCCUAGAAGAUGAAUGUAGCAGAGGCAGCGCACGUACACUGCUGCUGCGCCAUUCACAUAGGACACGAUGGGCUCCGCUCCAUCAGAUGGUUACCAUGGAUACUACAGAUAGAGGUGACCCCUUUAAAGUACCCCAAGAUGUCGGACGAUGAGGGGCCCCCCGUGGUGAAGUCGUCUCGCAUUUUCUAUGGCAGCCUGGCGGAUAAAGAAAGGGACCGAAUCUCCAGGGGAGAGUCCUCGAUGGGAAGAGCUGCAGUGAAGGCCGGAAUAGAGGCCGGGAACAUCAACAUCGGAGGAGGAGAGUCAUUUGACCUGGAAGAACACAUCAGUGAGAGACAAGCGGAAGUUCUCGCCGAGUUCGAGCGCAGGAAGCGAGCGCGACAGAUUAACGUGUCCACCGACGAUUCCGAGGUGAAGGCAUGUCUGCGGGCCCUAGGGGAGCCCAUCACUCUGUUCGGAGAGGGCCCGGCGGAGCGGAGAGAGAGGUUGCGAAAUGUUCUCUCGGUGGUUGGUACAGACGCCCUGAAGAAGUCGAAGAAGGAAGAUGAGAAAUCCAAGACGUCUAGUGAGGAGUACCAACACACCUGGUAUCACGAAGGACCCAACACGCUGAAAACCGCUCGACUGUGGAUUGCGCGAUAUUCUUUACCUCGGGCGAUGCAGCGAUUGGAAAAUGCACGCGAGUACAGGCACAUCCCAGAAUCCACCAGGACAUCCCAGAAACAAGAUCUGAACAAUUCAUUGCGGACCUUGAACAACUUCUGCAGUCAGAUCGGAGAUGAUCGCCCUCUGUCCUUCUGUCACUUCAGUCCAAACUCCAGACUUCUGGCGACAGCGUGCUGGAGUGGACUCUGUAAGCUGUGGUCAAUCCCAGACUGUCAGCCUAUACGGACCCUAAGAGGACACAACACCAAUGUAGGCGCCAUAGUCUUUCACCCAAAGUCAACGCUUUCCCUGGAUGAGAAGGACGUCAAUCUGGCCUCCUGCGCUGCAGACGGUUCUGUAAAAUUGUGGAACCUGGAGAGCGAUGAACCCGUAGCAGAUAUUGAAGGACACACUGUGAGGGUGGCACGAGUGACGUGGCAUCCAUCUGGGCGUUUCCUGGGCACCACAUGCUACGACAAGUCCUGGCGCCUGUGGGACCUGGAGGCACAAGAGGAAAUUCUGCAUCAGGAGGGUCACAGUAAAGGGGUGUAUGACCUCGCCUUCCACCUCGACGGCUCCCUCGCUGGCACUGGAGGUCUGGACGCCUUUGGUCGUGUGUGGGAUUUGCGCACCGGUCGCUGCAUUAUGUUCCUAGAAGGCCACCUCAAGGAAAUCUACAGCGUCAACUUCUCUCCUAAUGGGUAUCAAAUUGCGACCGGCAGCGGAGACAACACCUGUAAGGUCUGGGACCUGAGGCAGAGGCGCUGCACCUACACCAUCCCUGCCCACCAGAGCCUGAUCAGUGCCGUAAAGUUCCAGCCUACCAAUGGGCAGUACCUGGUGACCGGCGCCUACGACAACACGGCCAAAGUCUGGGCGCACCCGCUGUGGUCCCCCCUGAAGACGCUCGCCGGUCACGAGGGGAAAGUGAUGGGACUGGACAUUUCCUCGGACGGAGAACUCAUCGCCACCUGCUCCUACGACAGAACGUUUAAGCUUUGGAUGGCGGAAAACGAAAUUUAAACCCAUGAACAUUGAGCGACAAAGUCAUGUGAUCUAGAACGCUGUUCGAGUUAAACGCUUAUCAUGCCCAGGGCAUGCUGGUAGUUGCAGUUCUACAAUGGCUGGAGGCCGCUGGAUGUGAGAGCACAAUGGAGAGAGUAUUUGUUUUUUUUUAUUUU